AUGAGACCUGGACAUUUUUUGAUUGACUUACUUGAUCAAUGUCUGGCAGACUAUGAAAUCAAAAAAUCCCCAGUUGUCAUGUUCACCAAGAAUUCAAAAUUGUUGAAACGAUUUACAACUGAUGAUUAUAAUGUUAAUGUAAGUUGUACCUAUGAGAUAAUAUUAUCUUGGAGUAAACUUCUAUCUGAACAUAAACAGAAGUCUAUUAACCUAAGCUGA